AUGGCAACAUUUGAUAACUAAUACGUUGUGGCUUCACACAGAGCAUCAAGUUUCAGUCCAUUCCACUCACUCAGAGCAAUCUUCGCCCCAGUUGGAAUCAAACAAAUCUAUGGCGCUUACGAGAGACCACCUUUCCCAAUCAUUAUUGACCAACCAACUUUCUACGAUAUUGUAAGCAAUUGGGGACUGGCUGAUUACGUGAUGAGCGGCACGAUCUAUGGCUCAGGCAUAAUCUUCGGUUAUGUGAUCUCAAGACCUUUCCCAUCUCUUCAACAAAGACUUCUAGUCUUUCACGCCACUUCACAUUCGUUCUUAGUUCUCUCAGCAUUCUUAAUGUUAUCCAUUCCAUACAGAAGAUUGACUGGUUUCUGGGAUAAUGGUCUUAGAUGGAGAAAGCCUGAAGAUAAACUCAGAAAGUAUGAUAACACCAGUGAAUUCGAAAAAGCCACCAUCUGGGGCAGAAUCAGACCCAGCUCAGAUUGA